GUCCGUCGUCGCUCAAUCUUCAAUCUUCUCUCAAUCUCAAUCUAAUUUCUAAAUGGUCUUCAUCUUUCCGGUUUGAAGAAGGUGACAAAAACGCAGCAAAAUGGUUAACGUCCCUAAACAGCGGAGGACUUUCUGCAAGAAGUGCAAGGUACACAAGCCACACAAAGUUACGCAGUACAAGAAGUCCAAGGAAAGGCACGCCUCCCAGGGUAGACGGCGUUACGACAGGAAACAGCAAGGCUAUGGAGGUCAAACCAAGCCUAUUUUCAGGAAAAAGGCCAAAACCACAAAGAAGAUUGUGUUGAGGAUGGAGUGCACAGACUGCAAGUACAGGAAACAGAUUCCCCUGAAACGCUGCAAGCAUUUUGAACUGGGAGGAGACAAAAAGCGAAAGGGCCAGAUGAUCCAGUUUUAACUUUUGAUAUUGUUGGUUCAUUAAAUGUCCUUUUUAUUUAA